AUGCAUAGUCGAAUUGGAAAAUGGGCUCUAGCCCUAAAUGAGUACUCUUUGGCCUUUAUGCCUUUAAAAGCUAUGAAGAGGCAAGUGGUCUCAGAUUUUAUAGUGGAUCACGCAGUGGUCAAAACUCCUCAACUCCUAGUUGAGUUGAAACCUUGGAGAUUGUUCUUCGACGAUUCCACCCAUAAAGAUGGUAGUGGAGUUGGGAUUCUUCUAAUUUCUCCUGAUGGAAUUCCAACAAAACUCAAGUAUAGAAUCUACGGACCCUCAUGCUCAAACAAUGAGGCAGAGUAUGAAGCCUUAAUAGCAGGACUUGAAGCCUUGUUGGAAUUGGGGGAAACUAGGGUCGAAAUUAAGGAUGACUCAGAAUUGGUUAUCAAACAAUUGACGAAGGAGUAUAAGUGUAUCAAAGAGAACUUGAUCAUGUACUUCGUCAUUGCAAAUAGGUUGCUUAAAAAAUUUGAAUAUGUAGACAUAAAGCAUGUCCCUAGAAUUAAAAAUCAGGAGGCUAAUGAUUUAGCACAAAUAGCUUCAAGAUAUAAGAUCUCAAAGGAGAAGCUGGAGGAAUUGGUCGAAGUAAGAGGAAAAGCAAUGGCAACCAAAUUGUCUCCAAGUGACUCAGAAAGAAAUCAUUUAGGUUAUGCUAACGAAGAAGAAUUCGAAUUGUUGGCUAUUGAUGCUUUAACAAGCACAGAUUGGAGAACUCCAAUUAUAGAGUAUCUUAAAGAUCCUUUGUUGAACACAGACAGAAAAACCAAACAUAGAGCUUUGUCGUACAUUUUGAUGGGUAAUGAGUUAUUCAAGAAAACUCCUGAAGGCAUCUUAUUAAAAUGUUUGGGUGAGAAUAAGGCGUACUUGGCAUUAUCUAGUGUUCAUAGUGGAACAUGUGGGGCACAUCAAGCAGGCCAUAAAAUUAAAUGGUUGUUUUUCAAAUACGGGAUGUAUUGGCCUACCAUGCUAAAGGAUUGUAUAGAAUUUGCUAAAGGCUGUCAUGAAUGUCAAAUACAUGUAGGAAUGCAACAUGCUCCUGCAAGCGAGCUUCACACAAUUAUCAAGCCAUGGCCAUUUAGGGGUUCGGCUUUAGAUUUAAUUGGUAAAAUUCGGCCUACCUCAUCUAAAGGUCAAAGGUAUAUUCUUGUUGGAAUUGACUACUUUACUAAAUGGGUCGAAGCAGUGCCUUUGGUAAAUGUAAACCAAGAAAUGGUCAUAGAUUUCAUUCAAAAACAAAUAUUAUAUAGAUUUGGAAUCCCAUAA